GCAGACAAGACGGUGACUUUGCUGUAGCAAUCGCAUACUUUAACUGACCGUAGUCAAAAGCGCGCUUCUGUUACAGGCAUCAUCGUCCAUACCAGAAGUUCACCUUGUCCGUUCACACGCGUCUUAGUCAUCUAAGACGAGAGUAUAAAAGCUCGAUCGCCUUCGAAUUUGCACCUCACCCUUUUGCUCCACAUUCAAAGCAACCCACAUCGCCAAAAAGACCACCUCGAUCCACCUGCCCAACUCUACAAUAGCCUUAAGCCAUGGCUGAGAACAACGGCACACCACCUGCUGAUCAGCAGGAGCAGCCACAACAGAGCGAGCAUCUCAACAUCAAGGUCACCGAUGGCAACAACGAGGUCUUCUUCAAGAUCAAGCGCACCACGCAACUCAAGAAGCUCAUGGAUGCUUUCUGCGAACGCCAAGGCAAGAGCCCGCAAAGCGUACGGUUCCUGUUUGACGGACAGCGCGUAAAUCCCACCGACUCGCCAGACAUUCUUGACAUGGUUGACGGCGACUCGCUCGAAGUCCAUCAGGAACAGAUUGGUGGCUGGUGAUGGAUGGAACGAGAAGAAGCAUACACGAACUCAGGCAGGCGGCUUCUUUCCCCAUCUCUCGAAGAGCGCCUGUCUCUGCUUGCGACACCAAAUUCCGACACGAGAGCAAUUUGACAGGGACACAAGGGCAAGCGAGGGGUGGUUUGCAGCAUUUGAGCGAGGCUAUAAGACUCGUGACACGAUAUCUACGGGAGACGAAUGGUUUCGUUUCUGGUGUUACAUGGAGUGAGCGAGCGAGGAGCAUGAUCUAUACGGGUGGUGAUUAUGCUUGCAGAGAGGACUGGUCUAAAUCAAAUUGUCUUCCUUGAAUUCGAUUGACAUGCCC